GCCACCCCCGUCCAGAGGGCUGUCCACCCCGGAGGCACUGGCGCACCAAUCAGCUACGUGAUAGAACGUACAGUACGCGCCUUUCUUUUGGGCUUUGGUUGCAAUUUAUUGCCCUCGUAAGCAACCUCUGGGUCAAACGCUUUUACAGACAGGGCUCAUUACCUAGACAGCAACCCGACUCAGUAAGGUGUUUUCCCUGUUCUGCAGCUGUGGAAGCCUAGAAAGAUUUGCAACUAGAAAGCGGCGGAAAUUGCCAGUCCUUCUGUCCCUGCUGUGGUGGAGCAUCACAGCCGGGCGAGCCUGGCCUCCAGUGGCUCCUGGCUCCUGCCUCUUAGCCUGGCUCCCUCUUUCCUGGAAGGAUGUUCCUGGUGGGCCUGACAGGGGGCAUUGCCUCCGGCAAGAGCUCGGUUCUCCAAGUGCUCCAGCAGCUGGGUUGUGCGGUGAUUGACGUGGACGUCAUUGCCCGGCAUGUCGUCCAGCCAGGGUACCCCGCCCACCGGCGCAUCGUGGAGGCCUUCGGCACUGAGGUCUUGCUGGAGAACGGAGACAUCGAUCGCAAGGCCCUGGGGGACCUGAUCUUUAACCAGCCUGACCGGCGGCACCUGCUCAACGCCAUCACCCACCCGGAGAUCUGCAGGGAAAUGACGAAGGAGACCUUCAAGUACUUCCUCCGGGGAUACCGCUAUGUGAUUCUGGAUGUCCCGCUGCUGUUUGAGACCAAGAAGCUGCUCAAGUACAUGAAGCACACGGUGGUGGUGUACUGUGACCGGGACACGCAGCUGGCCCGGCUGAUGCAGCGGAACAACCUGAAGCAGGAAGAUGCAGAGGCCCGGAUCAAGGCCCAGCUGCCCCUGGAGGACAAGGCCCGCAUGGCCCGUCACGUUCUCGACAACUCGGGCGAGUGGAGUGUCACCAAACGCCAGGUGGUCCUCCUGCACGCCGAGCUGGAGCGCUCCCUGGAGUACCUGCCGCUGAGGCUGGGGGUCCUCGCGGGGCUGGCCGGCAUUGCCAGCCUCCUCUACCUGCUCACGCUCUACCUCCUGGCUUCCCUCUAGCUGGACCCUCAGGGCGGGAAGUCCCUCAGAGGCUGGAACCCGGAAGGAAUGCGGCCUGUGCUCUCCCAUCCCCGCAGUACAUACACUCUGAAUCCGGACCGAGCCCUGCCCGGGGCCAACCCUUGCUUGGAGGGAGAGAAACAGCCCUCUGUCAGCAGCUACACCUUCCCACCUUCCCCAGGCCCCUCCCUCCAGGAGCAGGCACAGAACCGUGUCCAUGAGGGGCCGUGAAAGCAACACCAGGAGACCCGGGCGGCUUCUCUGGGUGGGGAGAGGAGUCCCUGUGCGUAAAGCGGGCGGUUCCCUGGGCCUGCGCCUCUCUGAGCACGUGGCCCAUCAUGGCCAAGGCCCCCUUCGUGGACCAAGCACCGCCCCCUUCAGACAGGAUCCUCCCAGAGGUCGAAGCCUGUGACCAGGAGGCGAACAGUAAGGGUUCCCUCCUGGGCAGAGGCCAGGCCUCCUCCGGGAUCCCCCCGUCCCACCCGGGCAUUUCCCCCGCUCACCGCCUCCCACUGCGCUCCUCCUGCUCCUUGCACUCCUCGCCAGAGUCCACCCGCACCUGCACUUUCACCUUGCUUCUCCCCCAUCUGGAAAACCUUUUAUUUCCCUGCAACUGGCUGACUUCCAGCUCGGGCGCCCUCUGAAGCCCCAGGCUGGGUCAGGUGCUCUGGGAGACACACACCCCCCCCCCCACGUUACGCCUGGAUCCGCAGUAUCGUAAUCAGCCCAAAGCUGGUUGUCUUCUCCUCCUAGACUGGAAGCCCUUUGAGGGCAGGGGCUGUGUCUUACUCAUCUCUGUGUUCCUGGUGCAGAGCCCGACCCGCCAUUGGUGCUGAAUAAAGCCUGUUGAUCCGAAA